AUGAAGGAUGGUGGGCAUACAAGGAGGUGGUGCAGGGGAGCUUUGUUCCAGGUUCAUCGUGGCCACCUCAAAAGCGUGCCAUCAUUCUGGGGGCUGGUAAAUUCAGCCUGGAACCUAUGCUCAGUAGGGAAGAGGCAGUCGCCAGUGAACAUCGAGACCAGCCACAUGAUCUUCGACCCCUUCCUUACACCCAUAAAGCUGAACACUGGCAGACGCAAGGUGGGAGGAACAAUGUACAACACAGGCCGUCACGUCUCUCUUCGACUGGACAAGGAGCACCUGGUUAACAUCUCUGGAGGGCCAAUGACGUAUAGCCACCGUCUGGAGGAGAUCCGGUUACACUUUGGCAGUGAGGAUGGCCUGGGCUCCGAGCACCUACUUAACGGACAGGCCUUCUCUGGAGAGGUUCAGCUGAUCCACUACAAUCAUGAGCUGUACACAAAUUAUACAGAAGCUGCAAAAAGCCCCAAUGGACUGGUCAUAGUGUCUAUAUUCAUGAAGAUUGCUGAGACCUCGAACUCAUUCCUGAAUCGAAUGCUGAACAGAGACACCAUCACAAGAAUAACAUAUAAAAAUGAUGCAUAUCUACUGAACGGCCUGAACAUAGAGGAGAUUUAUCCAGAAACAAGUAGUUUUAUCACAUAUGAUGGAUCAAUGACCAUCCCUCCAUGUUUUGAGACCGCCACGUGGAUCUUGAUGAAUAAGCCAGUGUAUCUCACACGGAUGCAGAUGCACUCCUUGCGGCUGCUGAGCCAGAACCAGCCCUCUCAGAUCUUUCUAAGUAUGAGUGACAACGUUCGUCCUGUGCAGCCACUAAACAACCGCUGCAUCCGCACCAAUAUUAACUUCAGCAUGCAGGGCAAGGACUGCCCAAACAACAGGGCUCAGAAGCUCCAGUACCGAGUGAACGAGUGGUUGCUGAAGUAGCCUUCUCGGCUCGGCUGAACGUGGAGACAGAGAUGGAGUUCAGGAUGAGGGGAGAGAAAUAGAAAAAGAAGUGAGGCAGGGGAGAAUGAAGAAGAAAUCUGGUCUCGAGGCUGUAUCUCAUCUAAGACUUUUUCAUGGCAUUGUAUAAAGACAAAUAACACCAGACAUUAUUUGAAUGAAGGAACUUUGCAUUGCAAGGAAGGAGACUCUUCAUACAGUGAGAACCGUUUGAACCUUUGCUCAAACACAUGCUAACAGGUCCUUUCCCCCACUGAACAAUUAUAUCUAUAUGAACAUUUUGAUAUCGAUAACUUUUUGGGAGAAAACAAAAAAUAGACAACCUAAAAAAAACACAAAGCAUUUAUUUGGUAGCCCGUCAAACACUAUGACAACCUUAGGGACUUUAAACCCUUUGUAGAUAAAAGAUUGCUAUCAGUAAGAAAAUCCAAGAACUAAGUCAUUGCCCUUCCCCUGCUCAACAAUAUGGAGCCAUCAGGAAGACUCACGUGGACGUUUCAUUUCAGUCAACAACAGGGCAUGCAAUCAGCAAAACCAACAGAGAUGGAACACAGCCUUACCUUGUCAUUUUCCAAAACUAGAAUAAUGCCAUGGGACAACUUCCAAAGCUUUCAUAUGGUCUCAAAGCAACCGGUGUCUUGGCCUCAUAUGUACAUAUUAUAAUUAUCAAUACAAAAGAAAAAUGAAUAUGUAAAGAAAAAAAUAAUGAAAUAACGUUCAAAAAAUAUAUUAAGAAGAUAUUAAAAAGACAAAAAGUUAAGAAUUUUAAAAAGCUUGGCGCACUUUGAAUUCUGCAGCAGUUCUCAGUCUGAGCUGAUGCCUUUUAUUUCUGUUUUAUUUGUUUACAAUGGUCAUACACUGUGUUUGAUGUUAUCAGCCCAAUAAAUGUGUCUGGAAAGUUAACUUUGGAACACGUUUCACUAUCUGAGGAUUUUACUUGUUAUAUCUCCACCUGUU